UUGGGGAUUGCGCCAAGAGGACGCCUGCUCUUCUUUUUGAUACGCUCGAUGAGGUGGCGAGGGGCAAAAACUUUAAAAGCUCGCAUUAACCUUCUUGGUAGCAGGAGAAGAACAUUGACCAGGGUUAAGUAAACUAGUAGUACUAACGCCAUCAGUUGGUCUAGGAAGUAGGGCAUGGUAUACUCUAUCCUGAAUCUGAAUUCGGAUGAGACAUGCAUUCAGAGUCCGUUUUCUAAACAAGCGAGCCUGCGUGAGGUGAGGUAUGGCGCAAGGCAUCUUCGUGCACGCAUGCUUGGUCUCCGGCCUACUACUCCACUCCCACUUUGAGUAGCACUCCGUCAGCUCCGAGGAAAGAAAAGAAGCCAUACAAAAAGCCAAGGCCGUCUGCCAAACCCAGACAACGACGCCUCCUCGCAGGCUCGCCCUCCUACACUCAUUCACUGUCCCGCUCCGCCCCGUCGACACCACUCUCUAUACUAUAGAUCGAACGCCAUGGCACGCCGGACCAACCACACCGCCUCGCCCCCCAUGAACGCCACGGCGGCGACCAUGGUCGUCCCGUCUCCGCCUCCCCGUAGGCCGCUGCCUCACGCCAGCGGCGACGCCUGGGGACCCUACACCAGCUCCCGGGCAUUCUUCUCCAACGUGGCCACCAUCCUCAUCAUCCUCGCCUGCGUCUCCCUCCUCGCCUUCUCCCUCCACGCCGCCGCCCGCUUCCUCCUCCGCCGCCUCGCCAGCCGCCGCGCCGCGCGUGCGCGUGCGCGGGCGCAGGGGCAGCCACAGCCGCCGAAGCCUCCGUCCGACGCCGCGACCGCCGAAUUCUCCGUGGAGGCCGGGGCAGGGGCAGGCGUUCAGUUGGCCGGCGGAUGGGGCGACGCGGAGUGCGCUAUCUGCCUGUCGGAGCUGGCAGACGGCGAGCGCGUCCGCGUGCUCCCGGCGUGCGGCCACCCCUUCCACGGGGCCUGCGUGGACGGGUGGCUCGCGGCACGCGCGAGCUGCCCCACCUGCCGCGCGCCGUCCCGGCUGUCGCGGGCCGGAGAGCCGUAGCCAAACCAGGACGCUGUCACCUCCGGCGCUGGGUCAGUCAUGGAUCCGUGGUCACUCUUGUCUGUACCGCCGACAAGAAGCGACAUCAAGUGCGUCACGGUGGGGGAGCUUGCCGGAGCUCAGCUCUGUCGUCGCGUGAUUUGUAAUCGAGUGCUUGUACUACUACUCCUUGAUGGCGUCUGACAAUGCAAAUCGACUACGGCCAUAUCCAUCA